AUGCCCGCGGAAAAGCGCUUUGUGUUCUCCGCUCGCAUUAUUGGAGCUGUGCAGAGGCAGGCACCGAAACUUAAGAUGUUCAUGAUAUCAGUGCUUUGGUCAGAUGAGAAUGAAGUGAUUGUCUAUAGGUCUUUUGAAGAUUUCAAGAACUUUCACAGGCAGCUGAAAAAGAAGUUUCCUCUCUUCAACUCAAAUAACAGCAGAGUGAUUCCCAAAUUUAAAGGGGAGACUCAAGCAAAUGGCCUCCAGCAAAGCAAAUCCAAGCGAUACGUCCAACGAAUGAAGGGCUUGGAGAGCUACUGCAACAAACUGCUCAUGUGUGACCAAAUGGUGACCCAGAGUUCAGAGGUCACCCAGUUUUUCACACCGCGCGACCACGACACGGAGCAAGAUUUCACCAAGAACAGCAUCAUGAUCCUGCUGUCAGAUGAUAACUCGGGCGGAGGUGGGAGCGGAGGGAUCAGUGGUGAAGGAGGAGGCUCCAUAACCCACCCAUUUGUCACCGAGACAUACCGCUGCGUGGCCGCCUAUGAGACCAAAGACACAAACAAUCGCCCUUUUAAAGUGGCCAUGGAUGAAACAUUGGACGUCCUGAUUAAAGAGCCUUCUGGUUGGUGGUUGGUGGAGAAUGAGGAGAAGCAUAUUGCCUGGUUUCCUGCUACUUAUCUGGAAAAAGAGGAAAAUGAUAACAGUGGAUUCCAGACGGAAGGUCCACUCUACUGUGCCGUGCGGAAUUACUUCACCAAGAAGCACGAUGAGGUGUCUUUGCCGAUUGGUUCCGUGGUGGAGGUGCUAAAGAUGUCCGAUGACGGCUGGUGGCUCACCAGAUUCAAAGGGAAAGUGGGCUACGUCCCUGCUAUGUACCUUCAGCCCUACAACAACCCUCGGACAGGACUUUUCAGUUUAAAGAACAAGCUAAAUAGAUCCUCGCUCAACUUGACAAUCAGCGGAGCCCCUCUGGACGCCUCUACUUCUUCAGUCCAACACACCAGGGAAACUCACGCAGGGCAAGGUUCUGGAGUCCAGUCCAGAGCUCGGCCAAGUGGGCUUGGUAAUCUGGCUAAAGCCAGAUCCAUGGAACUUCUGUCAGAGACUCAAAAUCAGACUGCUAUUCCCGUCUGGGAUGAAUUCAUCCACACCCACGUGGACGGUCACACUCGUAGCAUCAGCACAAGCUCAAACGCAGAAUCCAGCUUCUUCUCGGUCCGCAGCAUGUCUUCACCAUCCACAGUAGACGCGUUCCUACCCUCUCUUCAAGAGAGCGUGAACGUGAAUAAGCGUAGGAACCAGGAACGCCGGAACUCCAGCGCUAGUUUUUUUAGUGAUAUAAGUUCUGGAAGUUCUGGGAGCUUCAGCUCCAGAGGCAGCGACAUGGGCACGGUUGCUCCAUCGGUGCCUCCAAGACCCAAGAAGGAGGAAAUUAUGAACAGGUGCUCCGCAAAUACCCAAAAAGCUGCUCUGGCGACUAAACCCAACCUCCAGAUGAGGCCUGAAUCAAGAAUUCACACUCGUUUGUAG